AUGGACCGUGUGGCAAUCCCGCUCGCAUUGCUGCUCAUUAUUGUGCCGAUGCAGCUGCACCUGAACCUGUCGGCGAUUCUGCACGACAAGGCGCUCGAGCUGGGACGCGAAGUGCGCAACCCGGUCGCGGCGCUUACGCACCAUAACGACGUCGCACCGUUCGUGGACGUGUCUGGAUCGGCGCGUCAGCGGCCGGCCGUGCAUGCAGAUGGCACGCGCACCGAGCGGUGCGAGACUGCGCCGCCGGUGUACGACGUGCAUGGCAAACAGCGGCCCUUGGUCCAGUACGCGAUCAUGAUGGACGCGGGCAGCACGGGCAGCCGCAUCCAUGUGUACAAGUUCAACUACUGCAAGGCCUCGCCUGAGCUCGAGUUUGAGCACUUUGACCACAUCGAGCCCGGCCUCUCGUCGUACAAGACGGAUGCUGCAGGCGCCGCCAACUCGCUCCGCCCGCUGCUGGACGGCGCGUUGAAGCUCAUUCCCCCGUCGCUGCAUGCAUGCACUCCAAUCUCGCUCAAGGCCACCGCCGGCCUGCGUCUUCUGCCGGGCACGCAAAGUACCGAGAUUAUUCACGCAGUACGCAGCCUGCUCGAGACGCAAUACCCCUUCCGCGUCGCUGACGAACAGAACGAGAUUGGGCAGCGCAACCAGCGGGGUGUAGAGAUCAUGGACGGACGCGAAGAGGGCGUGUACGCAUGGAUCACGGUCAACUACCUGCUAAACCUGAUCGGCUCGGAAGGGCCGCCCGGCGGCAAGCCGCCGCGCACUGCCGCGGUCCUCGACCUGGGCGGCGGCUCGACACAGAUUGUCUUUGAGCCGCACAUGAAGGACCCGAGUCAGGGCAUGCUCCCGGGCGAGCACGUCUACCACCUGAAGGACUUUGAAAAUGCCUCGUUCACGCUCUACCAAAACUCCUACUUGGGCUAUGGCUUGAAGCAGGCGCGGCAGUCGGUCAACUCGCUUACCGCUUUUAUGUACCUCAUUGCGCACUCGGACUCGCUGCAGGUGAACCGGGAGGCGGGCGGCGGACCUGCGUCCUGGGAACAGCUCACGGCCGACAAUGCCCGCAUCCCGAGCCCUUGCUACACCGCGAAUGCGACCAAGCGCUCGCCGAUCGUGCACCCCGGCGGCACCGCGACCAAGGAGCUGACCUUUGUCGGUACGGUCGGCGGAUUCGAUGCGUGCCAGCGCCUCGUCGAAGUCAUGAUGGACAAAGACGCCGAAUGCCGCAUGGAGCCGUGCUCGUUCGCUGGUGUGUACCAGCCCUCGAUGUCGCACGCGUUUACCGACUCGGCAAUCGUUGCGCUCUCCUACUUUUACGACCGCAUCGCUCCGCUUGGACUGGGUCCGACGUUUAGCAUUGGCGAACUCGGCACGCUCGCCGAGCGCGUGUGUUCGCCGCCUUCGGAAUGGGCCAAGUUCCGCUCGCCGGCUUUCUCGCCCGAGGCGCUCGAAGAGCUCAAGCAGCGCCCAGAUUACUGCCUGGACCUGACCUUUAUGCAUACGCUCUUCCGUCUCGGCUACGAGCUCGACGACAAGCGCAAGGUCACGCUCGCCAAGAAGAUUGGCGAGUUUGAACUCGGCUGGGCGCUGGGCGCGCAGCUCGCUGUGCUGCAACAGGGCGUGUUGUGCAAGUAA